UAAAGUGGAAAUCUAGUCUUUGUGGGCACUUGUGCGCGCUGCAGUGCAGAAUUCAACUGGUUUGUUCUUUUAAUCAAGCGCAGUCUCUUGCAGAAGUACACAAUGCCCGGCACAGCAGAAGAAAUAUCAAAUGCCGCAGACGACGAGAAAGAAAACUCAGGAGAGCAGCAGAAGGUUUUCUCUCAUUUCUGUGACGAGCGCGGGUAUCUGGAUCAGAUCAAAUACAUCCUGCAGUGCGGCACGCGCAAAGGAGAUCGGACCGGGACCGGUGUCAUUUCUGUUUUCGGCUCACAGGCGAGAUACAGUCUGAGAGAUCAGUUUCCUCUGCUGACAACCAAAAGAGUUUUCUGGAAAGGCAUACUGGAGGAGUUGCUUUGGUUUAUCAAGGGUUCCACAAAUGCCAAAGAACUGUCCGAGAAGGGCGUGAGAAUCUGGGAUGCCAACGGAUCCAGGGAAUUUCUGGACAACAGCGGCUUCACGGAUCGAGAGGAAGGAGAUCUGGGCCCGGUGUACGGCUUCCAGUGGAGACACUUUGGAGCGGAAUACAAUGACAUGCACACCGAUUACUCUGGCCAAGGGGUUGACCAGCUGCAGAAAGUCAUCGACACCAUCAAGUCAAACCCGGAGGACAGACGGAUCAUCAUGUGUGCCUGGAAUCCCAAAGAUCUCCCUCUGAUGGCACUGCCACCGUGUCAUGCAUUAUGCCAGUUUUACGUAGCCGACGGUGAGCUGUCAUGUCAGCUGUAUCAGCGUUCUGGAGACAUGGGACUUGGCGUGCCUUUCAACAUCGCCAGCUACGCCCUGCUCACCUAUAUGAUCGCCCACAUCACUGGACUCAAGCCGGGAGAUUUUGUGCACACGAUAGGCGACGCGCACAUCUACGCGAAUCACAUCGAGCCUUUGAAAGAGCAGCUUCAGAGAGAGCCACGGCCGUUCCCCAAGCUCAAGAUCAGACGCAGAGUCGAACGGAUCGAUGAUUUCUGUGCAGAGGAUUUUGAGAUCUGUGACUAUAACCCUCACCCCGCAAUUAAGAUGCAAAUGGCUGUUUAGACUUCACAACGGUCUUAAAUGCACUUUGUGUUUUAUACAAACAUUUUAAAUAUAUGUUUUCAUAUGAAAUAAAAGUUUUUUAAAUAAGGAAAAUAUUUAUG